UGUGUGUGUGUGUGUGUGUGAGUCAGUCAGUGUCACCGGAGCGAGUCGCGCGCGAAGCAUCUCCGCGUUUGAAGAUUUUUAUGGUAAAUUUGCAGGACUGGUCGGCUCGCGCUCUGAGUUGAGCAGACGUUAAGAACGGCGAUCUUGUUUACGUCAUACACGUGACCGGCCGCCCGGCUCGUGCAGCGAGGGCCAGUGGUCGGUGUGUGACGUCAUGUUCGUGUCGGUUUGGUACGCGAAGAAGAUGGGCCGCCGCUUCAUCCACAAUGUCCGCAAAGCCAAGAAACGGAGACAACGCAGCAUGAUGAACGGAUUAAGUGGAGAAGUAGAGUAUGAAGAGAUCACGUUGGAGAGGGGGAACUCUGGUCUGGGCUUUAGUAUAGCAGGUGGUACAGAUAAUCCGCAUGUAGGAGAUGACCCGAGCAUCUUCAUCACCAAAAUCAUACCAGGAGGAGCAGCAGCCCAGGAUGGACGACUGAGGGUGAAUGACAGUAUCCUGUUUGUUAAUGAUGCUGAUGUGCGUGAGGUCACUCACAGUGAGGCAGUGGAGGUGCUGAAGGAGGCAGGGCCAAUUGUCCGUCUCUACAUCCUCCGCAGGAAACACAUCGAGAUCAAACUCAUCAAGGGCCCCAAAGGUCUGGGGUUCAGUAUAGCAGGUGGAGUGGGUAAUCAGCAUGUUCCUGGUGAUAACAGUAUCUAUGUGACUAAAAUCAUUGAGGGCGGAGCUGCACAUAAAGACGGACGGCUACAAAUCGGGGACAGAAUUCUUGCUGUGAAUAAUGUGUGUUUGGAGGAUGUGAUGCAUGAGGAUGCUGUAGUGGCGCUGAAGAACACAGCAGAGGUCGUUUUUCUCAGAGUGAGCAAAGCUUCCAACCUGUACACUCAGGACACGUACAAUCCUCCUGAUAUCACCAGCUCGUACUCUGCUCAUAUGGAUGAGAUGAGUCAUGGCUAUCUGUCAGAUUACCCACAAACCCUCACUCCCACAUCUCCGCGCCGCUACUCACCAAUCCCCAAGGGCAUGAUGCUGGGAGACGAGGACAUCCCCAGGGAGCCGAGGCGUGUGUUGAUCCAUCGUGGAUUGUCAGGUUUGGGCUUUAACAUAGUUGGAGGUGAGGAUGGUGAGGGAAUCUUCAUCUCCUUCAUUUUAGCUGGAGGUCCCGCAGACCUGAGCGGAGAACUGCGCAAAGGAGACCAGAUACUAAGUGUAAAUGGAGUGGAUUUAAGACAUGCGACUCAUGAACAAGCUGCAGCAGCACUGAAGAACGCUGGGCAAACUGUCACCAUCAUCGCCCAAUACAGACCCGAGGAGUACAGUCGGUUUGAAGCUAAAAUCCAUGACCUGCGUGAGCAGCUGAUGAACAGCAGUUUAGGUUCCUCGUCAUUGCAGACCAGUAAGAGGAGCUUUUACAUCAGAGCUCUGUUUGAUUAUGAUAAGACGGCGGACGGUGGCUUCCUCACUCAGGCUGUGAGUUUCCGUUUUGGCGAUGUUCUUCACGUUCUGGACUGCAGUGAUGAGGAGUGGUGGCAGGCAAGACGUCUGUCUCCACAUGGGGACCUGGAGGAGACCGGGUACAUCCCCAGCAAACGCAGAGUCGAGAGAAAGGAGUGGUCACGCCUGAGGUCAAAAGGCCGAGAUGACUACAUUCAGAGUUACGAGAUUGUUGUGCAGGUGGAGGUGCAUUACGCUCGUCCAAUCAUAAUCCUUGGACCAUCAAAGGACCGUGUGAACGACGAUCUUCUGUCCGAAUUUCCCGAUAAGUUCGGCUCCUGCGUGCCUCAUACAACACGGCCAAGGAGGGACUACGAGGCUGAUGGGCGGGACUAUCACUUUGUGUCAUCAAGGGAACAGAUGGAGAAAGACAUCCAAAAUCACCGGUUCAUCGAGGCAGGACAAUACAACAGCCACCUGUAUGGGACGAGUGUACAGAGUGUACGGGAGGUAGCUGAACAGCAGGGGAAACACUGUAUUCUGGAUGUAUCCGCUAAUGCAGUGAGGAGGCUUCAGGCAGCUCAGCUUCACCCCAUCUCCAUCUUCAUCAGACCCACAUCACUGCAAAACAUACUUGAUAUUAAUAAGCGUCUGACUGAGGAACAGGCGAGAAGAGCUUUGGACAGAGCCAUCAAACUGGAACAGGACUUUAUCGAGUGCUUCACAGCGAUCGUGGAGGGUGAAAGCUUUGAGGAAAUUUACCAUCGCGUCAAAUCUGUGAUUGAGGAACAGUCAGGACCGUACAUCUGGAUACCAGCAAGAGAGAGACUCUACGGUCGCCUGAAAGGACCUAAAAACCAAAAAGAGCAAAAACAGAAAGACGCAAUAAAAGAGGACAGAGGAGCACUCAGCACUUUACUCACACACAGCGUACACACACACACGCACACACACACACACACACACCCUUUAGACACUUAACAAAGACUCUUACUGAAUCCUCAAAGUUACACUACGUGUGUGUAUGUGUGUGUGUGUGCAUAUGGUGUGUAUGGUGUGUGUGUGUGUGUGUGUUUCUGUAUACACAGUGUGUGUAAUGUAUAGGGCUACUGUAUAUAAUCUGCACAAUACGGGAGAUUUUCACUUUCCAGAAAAUCAACAAGCAAAAACUACAAUUUGAGACACAGAGUGAGACAGAGAGAAUGAGACAGUGUGUGAGACAGAGACACAGAGUGAGACAGAGUGAGAGACACAGAUACUGAGAGAAUGAGACAGAGUGAGCGUGAGACAGAGAGAGUGAGACAGUGUGUGAGACAGAGACACAGAGUGAGAGGCACAGAUAGUGAGAGAGUGAGACAGUGUGUGAGACAGAGACACAGAGUGAGAGGCACAGAUAGUGAGAGAGUGAGACAGUGUGUGAGACAGAGACACAGAGUGAGAGACACAGAUACUGAGAGAAUGAGACAGAGUGAGCGUGAGACAGAGAGAGUGAGACAGUGUGUGAGACAGAGACACAGAGUGAGAGGCACAGAUAGUGAGAGAGUGAGACAGUGUGUGAGACAGAGACACAGAGUGAGACAGAGUGAGAGACACAGAUACUGAGAGUGAGACAGGGAGAGUGAGACAUAUGGGUCAAUGACAAAUAUGAAUUUCAAUCCUUGUGUUUUUAUGAAUAUAAUCUUUAAUCCUUCAUGUUAAUUAUUUUUUAUAUAUUUAUGAAUAAUGCAUUAUUUAAUUUAAAACAAUCUUAGAGUUAAACAUAUUUAUCACCAUUUUAUCUCCGAUAAAUAAAUUAUUUUGAGAAUACUGUGUGAUUUUUCAGUUGUAGUUUUGUUUAAAGUUACAAAUUUAUAUAAAAACAGACAUUUAUUUGAGGUUAAAGGUUUUGUUUGAAUUUGACAUUUUAGAGUAAAAACUUUGGACUGAAACCCAUUUCCAUGACAUCAUAUUCUGUACUGAGUUAUUGGGUUAUUGUUAAAAAUAUCAAAUUAAUAAAUAACUUCAUUGUGAAAUGUAUGUAUUUAAAUGUAAGAGUUUAUAUUUUGCGUCAGUGAUUUAAUUCAGAGUGAAUGACAGGAGCAUAUCUGUGUGUACAUUCCACCUUAAACUCAAACUUUACAUUUAUAAAUAACAUUUUCAUAACUAUUAUCAUUUUAUCUUCAUUAUUUAUAUAUUAGCUGAACACACUCAUUUUAUGGCUUGUUCUCAUACUAAAACUUUUUUGUUGUUGUUGCUAGGCAACAAAAUGACUUUGGACACUCAGUGUGCUGAAAUUUCAGAAAGGAAAAACUAAUCUUACUAACAGAAUUUCUUGGAAUAAUGCUGUUUAUAAACAACAACAUCUCCUUCACCUGUAGUUUACUUACACAAUACUAAUGUACAAUUAUUUAUACAUUUAUACAUUCUUGCUUUAAAUAAUGUAUGUAAAUCAUUUCUGUUUUUAUCAACAAACUCUUAUAGAUAUACGAUCCCUAAGAGUAUUAUAAUUAUUUUAAUUUCUUAAUUUCAAAAAUAGCCUUUGAGAAAAGUAAAGUUUAUUAAAACUAUAAUAUAGUUCAAAGUAAAAUGUUUUAUUAAUGUUUGUCAUGUCAUUGACCCAUAUAGUGUAUAUAUUAUAUUACAGAGAGUGAGAAAGAUGGGUAGAGAGAGACAGGUAUACAAUACAUACAGAGACAGAGAGUGAGACAGGUGGGUUCAUUAAUAAAGUUUUGAUAAAAAGGCUUUAAAUUGUUAAUUUAUAACCUCAUUAUUUAUUCAUGAGUUAUUGGGGGUCUGUCUAUCUGUCUGUCUGUCUGUCCGUCUGUUUACUUUAGGGGCCUGAGAGUGUUUUUUGUAUAUUUUAAACACUCUCACAUUGUAUUACUGUACAUAAACACUAUAUACUAUAUACUGUGGAAUCAGGGCACACACACAUACACACAUGUACACACACUACACGUGUGUAACAUAUGUGUGUAUGUAACACAUAUACACACAUACAUACACACACACGCGUACAUACAAACACAUACACGUACACACACUACAAGUAACAAACACACACACAAACACAUAUACGCACACACACGUAUACACACGUACAUACACACAAGCGUACACACUCAUACAAAUACAGGUGCCGAAAAACACGAGAUAUUCUCCGUUAAUUUGAACCACUCAAAAAAUCAAUUGAAAUUCGGGAAGCUCUGUGAUUGGUGGAUCUCGGGGUUCGCAAUAUCUACCCUGUGUUCUAUGGACAGAAUGCCUGCCUUUUCGAAGUGCUGGAGGGCGUGGUUAUCGAACCAUUGUCAUAAGGUCAAUUCGUCUUUGCAUUUCACGUACAAACAAACAGGUUUGUAAUUAACAUGAAGAAUUCACUUAACACUAGCCUCUCUUCAGCCAGUAUCAGUGCUGCAGCUGCUUCAGACGACUCGUCAUUGUCCACGUCACGUAACAGCAGCAGUGAAGCUGGGACGCAAAACCAUUCUCAAACAUAUCGAGAUAACUGGGGAAAAAACUUUCCCAGGUAUUUUGGGGACUCUGCUCUAAAGAGAAAGACAUGCACGCCCGCUCCCAUGGGAGUAAGAAUAUUAUAAGGCGUUUGUAAGCAAAGGCUUCUCUGGCUGGUCAAGAGCACUGGAAAGAUUUAGGUGUGGUGAAAGAUCAGAUCUACAAGAGCUGCGGAUAGUAUCGCUAGCACUGCCGGAGCUGGUACUAGUGUGGCAACUGCUCUAAAUUCAGGUAAACAACAGCAGAUGGAAGAAACAUGUAGUGCGUUAUUGCGUGUUUUAUCAUGACGGGGAUUAGUCAUUCGAGGACACCCAGAUGAGGAUCCAAUUUAAUUCAACUGUUAAAGUUAUGAGCUCAAGACGUCGCAGUGCUGAAGUCACGGUUACAAACACCACCGGCAGACACUGACAUCCGUGCCUAUGCAUACAAAUAUAUAUAUACAGACACGUACAAUCACACACACACGCAUACAUAUGUAGAUCCACACAAACACACACACACACACACACAAUGUGUGCUGAAUAGUGUAAUGAAGGUCUCUGUACAUUAAAUUAUACUGAAACA